GCCCUGAUCUUCGUUGCAGAACCUUCAUCGCGGGGCUUUGCAUCGCUCCGCAUCGCUCUCGCUGGCUUCAUCGUUGAAGCAGCAGCGAUUCCUUGUCCUUGAACAGUCUUUUUUGAUCCAGUUCCACUCUCUAACCGAUGCCGCACGGGGGUGUGUUGGUACACCAGGUCUCGAUGACUGCCGCGAAUCCUUUGCUUGAGAAGGUCUGAUGUGGGAUAGGCGUUGCUCGCUGCAAUCGCGUGUCGGAGAUUUCGAUGCGUUGCCGCGAUGGGAUGAGUAGGAUCCCUCCGUGUAGUCACGGCUAACUGAUGGCUAAGCUUUGUGAGCGGUGCAAGACGAACGGCAUCGCGCCGGUGUUGUCUGAUGGGAGCCCCGGGGGGAGUUCUAGAUGCAUCCCUCGAUUGAAGCCCAAGAGCGCCCUCAGGCCCGUGUAUCUUUGGACGGAUCCCGCAGAGAAGAAUCGUAUUGUGGUGGGUGGCGUUGGGGGCAAGAACGGUGUGCCGAUAUCACUCCAGCUCCCGAAUUCACAGAAUAACAACACACUGAGUCUGAAUUGCGGUGGUGGGUCGGCGGGGAAAUCGGGAUGCAUUAAGAUCAUGAGCAACAGCAUUAUUAGGGCGAGCAAUGGAGGUAUCCAGAUCUUGCCAGGGAAGGGUAAGAAUGGGGGGUUGCAGAUCUGCAUGGCAAAUGGAAGACCCAAGUGGCAAUUGGGGGUGUCCAGCGAUGGUCGCUAUUGUAGCAACAGAGGCGGAGAAGCGAUCAUCUCAAGCGAUGAUGGUGGAGAUGAAAUCCAGCUGAGUUCUGUGAAGGGAAAAAGCGGCAGCCCUUCAAUUCAGUGCAGCCCAUGUGGCUCUGGCAACUUUGAAGUCAAAUGCGUGGCCCCGGCAAGAAAACUGGAUAUGAAUCAUUGCAAGCCAACAAUCGCACAUACAAUCCACAGAAGAAUGGUUGAGUUGGAAUCUGAAAGGCGGAAGGCCGUGUGUCCAUAUGAAGAGUAAUAAAUUGAAAAACUGUGUAUGCCUCAUACACGCUAGGAGGCAGCAUGAAGCAUGAACGAGGACUACACAACACGACAAGCGCUUCAUAUACUGCACUAGAAAGUAAUCUCAAGAAUGACACAAUAAUAGCAAGUCCUUGUACGUAUAUUUAAGUUGUACACCUCCAAAUUUCACACCUCUAAAUCAUGUUUAGAAAACUUCCUUAAUUCUGAACUCAGUUCUUAAAAGAACUAAAAUGUUCACUCAA